CGGACGACCUCGGUACACUGCUUGAGGUAUCUUGUCAAGCAUUCGACGGCGAAUGGACUGCGCAGUAUCUUGUCAAGCGCCUGCUCCUCCCGACGAAACCUCUGCUUUUAGGUUGGAACGGAGCAGCUGCUAUGUAGCAUUAGCCGAGCAGAAUGAUGGAAACUGUAAAUGGUAUUUUCGAAGAUAGUUUAGAAGACUUGCUUAGUUAUUGGGAGUGAAGUUCUGUUAUUUGUUCGUUCUUCACACUGUGAGAUACUCAUACUGAAGACAUGCAUCUUGAUGAUACCUUUCUAAAUAAUCUAAAAAAUCUAAAGACAAGCAGGUCUAAAGACGAAGAGGCUGCGCAUCUCGAGACCGUCCUCGUCUAAGAAGAAGUGUAUCUUCCCCCGGUUGUGGCUCAUUGGGCGAAAGUCGCUACGUUCUCAGCCGACUCAUGCACGGUGGCUGGUUUUUCAUUGA